GGGUCGAAAUACAAUCUACAGUACAGGGCAGAUAUGGAGUAUUUAAGCUAGCAACCUUCUAAUCAUCUCGUUCACGCAGCACAGACUUUUGCAUGUUUUAUCUGACUUAUGGGAGUAAGAUUGAGUAAGUACACAUAAGACGAUUAAACAAGCUGAACUCGUCCAUCAUGGCAGCCGACGAUCGAGCGUUUGUGUCCGCCAGCCGGCGACAGGUGACGUUAGCGAGAGAAGCUGUCAUAGCAGACGACAGUACUCGCGCAGGCGCAGACGAAACGUGGUCUGUCGUCUGCUUCACGAACUAUGUGCAAAAAGUUUCGUCGUUUGUUAUGGAAUCGCUCGGAAUGGAGACAAGCUCGGAAAUGCAAUUGCCUCAGUCGACGUUCAAGACGAUGAUGGACCAAGCUAAAAACAUAUGCAAGGACUACACGUAUCGCCGUCUCUUAGAAAAAGAUAUGACAAAGAAAUUGACGUUUGGGGGUUAUAAUUCAGUACUGUCUGAAAGCUACAUUCACGCGGGACAGGUACUGGAGACAAUGUACCCUCGAGUCUACACGGACGUUUCAAGGAAGAUUGGCAGAACUAUGAGCAGUGCGAGCAUUGUGAAAGCAACUCUGAACGACGUACUGAAUAUACUGUUUCGUGAUUCUAUUACCUGGGGUAAGAUUGUGUCAAUGUUCGCGAUCAGCAGCUCGUUCGCCGAGGAGUGCGUGCAGCAAGGGCACCCUAAUUUCGUCAACGACGUCGUCAGCACGGUUGGAGGAUUCGUCGUCAUGCACCUCGUGGAAUGGCUUGUAAAGCAAGGUGGAUGGGAGGGUCUAGACAGCGCCUUCAAGGAGAACAAAGACAUCAUUAGCCCCACAUUCCUCCUCGGCAUCGUCGGGGCCUUCGUCGGCGUCGUCACCGUCACAAUGUCCUUCAUCAUAGAGCUCAGGUGACAGACGAACCACGCCCUCCAUCUUGUUGUGUGGAUGAGAACAGCGAAUGUACGGAAUGCGCUAUGUUCAGAUAUAUUCCUCAAUGACAGACCCCAGACAUGGAGCUUGAGUGAAACUAGAAGUCACGUGCGUCGUAAUCAGGUAUUUUCCCAAGUCAGCUUACCGGAAAAAUACAGCAUGAUUGUGUUUAAGAGAAAUCACCAGUUCAUCAAUAUCGUCUACCAUCAGCAUCAACAGGAGAUGAAGAAAGAAUUUGAAUUGGUUCAUUUUCUUGGACACUGACUGCCGUCCACGAUGGAUUGAACAUGGGUUUCAAAUUUGGUAACGGUACUGGCCAAUGACCUUUCAGAAGGUCAGAUGACAUAAAGGGACGCUGAAUAUGAUAUUUGCCACAUCUGAGACUGGCUUGAAGUGACGAGUGCUUUUGAUUCAACCUUGUAACGAAAAUAUCACAACGCGGGGUCCAUAUAUUCAGUAUGUUUGUUUGUGCGUGCGUGUGUGUGCGUGUGCGUGCGCGCGUGUGUGUGUGGUGUUUCCAUCACAUGAUGUUUGAAGAGAUAAUGUUUUUGUUAUACCACUGGGGUGGUAGGAUAGCCAAAGCGAUUACAGCAUCAGCUCGUCACGGGUUCGAUUCCCCACAUGGUUAUAAUUUGAAUAGACCAUCUGUAGAGAGAAACAGGAUAUUUAUUGAAUGUUGAGUGUCUGGCUUCCGCAUAAAACAAUAAACUAAACAACGUUUGCCACUAAACUCCUUUUCUUCAAUCACGACACUAUCAUUCUUCAUAUUCCGUCGGUCUACCAUAGAACCCACAUGGGCACAAUGUGUUAAGUCCAUUUCUGGUGUCCCCCACCAUGAUAUUGCUGGAAUAUUGUUAAAAGCGGCGUAAAACUAAACUCACUCACUCACUACCAUAGAAAAACACAAACGUGUCUUUGAAUAAUAGAAAUGUUUGAUCUAUUUUUAACCCUAUAAGCAUAAACUUGAAUGUAUACUUACUGAAAAAUUUACCAGGUUAAGUUCGUGUAGAUAACGCUUCAGAAAUGCGCCUACUACUUCAGAUGCUUUGUUUGUCAAGAAGGAUCUGGAUACAUUAUGCCUUUUAGACAUGCAUUACUUUGUAAAAUCUUACAUAAAUAUAUUACGCUUUCUCCCAUGUAGUAACCGACCUUACUGACUGACUGAGUUUAGUUUUACGCCGCUUUUAGCAAUAUUCCAGCAACUUCACGGCGGGGGACACCAGAAAUGGGCUUAACACAUUGUGCCCAUGCGGGUAAUGGAACCCAGAUCCUCGGCGUGACGAGCCAAGUUUUAACCAUUAGGCUACCCCACCGCCCUCCGACCUUACUGAUGAUAUGUUGUUACAAUAUGUUUCAUUGUACAUUAUCUGUAUCAUGUAACCUUAAUGAUAUACGGCAAGUUUGGUGUAAUACUCAGAGAUGCGCGACCUUGAACCCGUUUGAUCUUAAUCGGUUUUCACGUGGGUUUGUAUUCUUCAUGUGUGUAUCUAAUAUUUGAUUAAUAAUUAAUAAAUGCAACAUCGAUACCA